AUGGGGCAUCAUCACAGUGGAGAAGACUCAGAUAACGAGUCAACGGGAAGUGGCCACCACCAGCACGACGCCAGACUCAGUCACGAACUUCUUGCGGGUGCAGCGGCAUUUGCCGCUUUCCGAGAGUUUCAGAAACACCAGCGCGAGCAAGGACGUCCGGUAUCCCAUGCUUUAGCCAAAGAACUCCUAGCAGCGUUCGCUGCCGCACAAGCGGAUAAACUGAUUGAAACUCGAGGCGUCGAAAAAUGGGAAGAAUACAGAGAAAGGGCAAGAGAAGAAGCAAGGGAGAAGAGCAAGGAGAUGUACCAAGAUCGGUACGAACAUGAAGAAGAUGGGGAUGGUGAAGAACACAAGCACCGUCAUCGUCACCACUUUCACCGGAGAGAGCCUUCGGAUUAA